CUUACUCCAACCAAAGAAUUACACCAACCAUCGUUGAGUCCAGGAACAGUCCAUGGCCACGUUGUCUGGUGCCUGCAAAACAAUGAGGAAUAACAGCUUGUCUUGGGGAAUACUGAAUGAAGUAUGAAAUGUUAUUGAUGGAGGAAUGGCAGCAGCUUGAACUGAAUUCAUAAAUGUCUCUUGGCUUUAUUACCCACUUUAUCAGCCUCAGUUAUAUCUUCUUGUUCCAAGUGCACACAUGGCACUUGAUCUUCACGUGUCACUUGCAUGUUGCUAAUCUGAAUGUGAGGGCAACGGCUUUCUCUGCAACGUUCUUAUUGCUACCACCCUUCUGAAUGACAACAAUCAUUAUACAGAGCAUCUAACUCAUGAAGGAAGAGGGUCCGCUGCGACGUAGGUUUUCUUCAUGUGCUGGGGUUUCGCUUCCUCCACGAGGUGAUGGUCGAAAACUUGUCCGGAAUGCUUCAUUCGGAGGAUACAACGAAUUUUCACCAGUCUUUCGAGGUUUUGACAGAGGGAAAGAUGAUGCUUCACAAAGUAAAGAUGAUUCUCCACAGUCAAUGUCAAAAAGCAAGUCAGAAUCUAAGCUUUAUAAUGGAUCAGAGAAAGACAUUACCACUGCUUCCUCCACCACUUCCUCAACUACCAAGCUCACAAAGAAGGAGUCCCUUAAGGUUCAAAAGAAAAAUUACAGGGAAGAAAAGAAAAGAGCCACAAAAGAAUUACUUAGCACAAUCACAGACCCAUCGGUCAUUGUUAUGGCCGACUGGCUGAAGAUUCGUGGCACCCUGAAAAGCUGGACCAAACUUUGGUGUGUGUUGAAACCAGGAGUGCUGCUUAUUUACAAAACUCCUAAAAAUGGCCAGUGGGUGGGAACAGUGCUUCUGAACGCAUGUGAACUCAUUGAGCGGCCUUCAAAGAAGGAUGGAUUUUGUUUCAAACUUUUCCAUCCUUUGGAGCAGUCUAUCUGGGCUGUUAAGGGACCUAAAGGUGAAGCUGUUGGCUCUAUAACACAGCCAUUACCCAGCAGUUACUUGAUCAUCCGAGCAACUUCAGAAUCGGAUGGUCGGUGUUGGAUGGAUGCAUUGGAGCUGGCUUUGAAGUGCUCAAGUUUGCUCAAGCGUACAAUGAUUAGAGAAGGUAAAGAGCAUGAACUGAACUUAACAGACGGUGCACAUGUCUCUUUUUAUGGCCUGCUGCGUGCAAACAACGUGCAUAGUAGUGAAAGCUUCCCGUUAAAUGAUAGUGAAAUAGAAAGACAUCACUUUAAAGAUCCAGAUAUGUAUUCUGAUAAAUCAGAUAGGGAAAAUGAUCAUGAUCGUGAUGAGUCGGAUAAUGAUGGCUUGGGAGAAAGUGACACUGACACAUCAGAGCGACAGGAUGACUCGUACGUUGAACCUGAACCUGAUCAUGUCAAGGAAACAACAUAUUUAGAAGAAGUUCAUGAAGAACUUGGGGAGGCAGGAGAAGCUUCUCAAACAGAAACUGUAUCAGAAGAAAACAAGAGUUUGAUCUGGACACUGUUGAAACAAGUACGUCCAGGAAUGGACCUCUCCAAGGUGGUGCUACCUACGUUUAUUUUGGAAACACGUUCUUUCUUGGACAAACUCUCUGAUUACUACUAUCAUGCAGACUUCUUAUCUGAAGCCGCACUUGAAGAGAAUGCUUACAAUCGUUUGAAACAAGUUGUGAAAUGGUAUUUGUCAGGUUUCUACAAAAAGCCAAAGGGACUUAAAAAACCCUACAAUCCUAUACUUGGUGAGACCUUCCGUUGCUUGUGGGUUCAUCCAAGGACGAAUAGCAAGACUUACUAUAUUGCUGAACAGGUAUCUCAUCAUCCUCCAAUAUCUGCCUUCUAUGUAAGCAACCGAAAAGAUGGAUUUUGCCUUAGUGGUAAUAUUUUGGCCAAGUCAAAGUUUUAUGGAAAUUCAUUAUCUGCCAUUCUGGAUGGUGAAGGGCGACUGAUGUUCCUAAAUAGAGGAGAGGAAUAUGUAAUGACCAUGCCAUAUGCACAUUGUAAAGGAAUUCUGUAUGGCACAAUGACUUUAGAGCUUGGGGGAACUGUUAGCAUUGCGUGUGAGAAAACUGGAUACAGUGCUGCACUUGAAUUCAAGCUGAAGCCAUUUUUGGGCAACAAUGACAAUGUUAAUCAAAUAUUGGGGAAAAUUAAACUGGGAAAAGAAGUUCUAGCUACUCUAGAAGGCCACUGGGACAGUGAAGUUAUUAUUAGGGAUAAAAAGACAAAUGUUUUGGAGACAUUCUGGAAUCCAACACCUGAGAUCAGACAGCGCAGAUUAAGAAGACACACAGUGAGGUUUGAGGAGCAAGGUGACUUUGAGUCAGAAAAACUUUGGCAACAUGUGACUCGAGCUAUAAACAACAAAGACCAAGCAGAAGCGACUCAGGAGAAAUGUAUUCUGGAGGAAGCUCAGAGAAAGGCUGCCAAAGAAAGAAAAGCCCAGGAUGAAGAGUGGGUAUGCAAACUAUUUGAGCCAGAUCCACUCACAGGAGAAUGGAAUUACCGAUACUCAGACACAAGACCAUGGGAUCCACUGAAUGAUAUGAUACAGUUUGAAAAAGAUGGUGCUAUUCAAACAAAAGUCAGACAUCGAACACCAAUGGUUAGUGUUGCAAAAAUAAAGAGAUCUGCUAAGUCGAAGAAAGGGGAGUGCGGCUUCUCUUCACCAGAACCUGAUAAUCAGGACUCCUCUGAAAGUGAAGCACAACUCAAACACAAUACAAGAAUUCGAAAGAAGACACUAGACCUUGGUGAGCUGCAAAGUGCCAUUGAAUCUAUAAGGGAAACACAGGAAGACAUUCGGAAGGAUAUCACAGCUCUAAGAACCCGAAUGACUUCAAGCUCACAAACUUCAGAUAACAGCUUCUUUCAGUUCAAGCACUAUGUCUUCAUUUUGCUGUUGAUUCUCCUACAGCUUAUAAUCAAUUACUUGUUUAAAUAGAAUGCCUGGACAGAAGAAUAUAUGAAGUGAAAUGAUUAUCUUCUUCGUGGGACCAUAUUUUAAGCUUGGGUUGGCUUCAAAUAAGGCAAUAUUUCCUAAAACACAGUAGCCCAGAAGAUUCAGGUCUUUGCCUUUAAAGCUUGUGCUCACAUGGAGCUAUGUCUGUUGUAUUCUGUCCUAGCCAGAUAUAUGGACAAUGCUUAUGUACUAGUACCUUUCUCUUGUAUCUUUCAAAUGCCAGAUAACUGCCUUGCAUAUUCUAAAGUGUUGUAGACUACAGUGAUAAGUACAAGUACAAAAUAUAUCAGGAUGGGAAUUGAAGACAUGUUUUUCAUUAUAACGAUAUAAUGAAAAACAUGGCCAUGUUAGCAAAACAAAUGAAUUUAAUUCAAGACUUAUUCGAAGUUUAAUGGGAUCAUAAUUCAUUAGGAAAGCAACAUUUAGUGGUGUUAAUCAGGAAGAGUUCAUCAUUGCCCAAGAUUAAACUACUCCGCUGUUCAUUGCCAUUAAAAGAUAUUAAGCUAUUACUCCAUCAACAUGUCAUUAACCGCACAUUUUAAUGAUUUCAGUGGUUCUUAAUUAGCUGUUUUACUUAAUGAAAAUGGUGUUUCAUUGAUAGCAUUAUUGAGUAAGGGAUCAAUCCUAUGGCUCUUAGACAGAGCUUGGAGGUCCAUACAAUAGUUUGGAUUCCUGGAUCUGAGGUCAGAGACAGUGCUCUGACUGUGAAUCCAGGAAUCUGUGCUACCCUCCCCCUUGCAGUUGGCGUGGAGAGAACCAUACCAGCUGCCUCGGUAAGAUCACAAGGGUGACCUCAGGGACGAGGUAAAGGGAGCGUGCUAGCGGGUGAAGAGGGGAGGGGACCAGGGAAGCAGGAUAUUAUAUAUACCGAGGUCUCCCUAGCCUUCUCUCCCACUCAGAAGCGCCCCAGCUACACGAAUGAAAAAGCCCGUCUAGCCCAAAUGCAUAACGGGACGAGUGGGGAGGCAAAGAUUGCCUCUCCCACUCUGCCUAGGAUGUCCGUAAGCCUCUGAGUUCAGAAGCUUACAGGCAUUGGCAUAGGAUUGCGCCUUUAAUGAGAAAUACCGUAAUAGCUGUCCAAAGAAUCACACAGAUAGCUUUGCGUGCCCCGCAGUAUUUUUAUCCAUUUCUUCCCAAACUGCACCUCCUGUUGACAAAUUGCAAGCUACUACUUGUAUUCUAAAUAAUGUCAGAAACACUCUGUGUUGAGAUGCAGUGGAUGGGGGCAGUGGAAGAAUUACUUUGGGUGGAAAUAUAGAAGCUUUACUGGGAAACAUACAAGAUUUUCUGUAUUGUAUCCCUUGGAUGCUAAUAUCAGACAGUGGACCUUUUUUUCCAAAAAAAAAUAACAACACCUUUAUCCUCUAUAAACAUUGGGUUUAUCAGAUUAAUUUGAACCAUUUGAAUUGACAGCAACCUCAUAGUUUCAACAAUAACUUUCCAUAGCCAGUUAAACUGCCAGUCAAUGCCUGUUUAGCCCCAAAUCCUAGCACAUUGGUCUCUGCUUAUUAUAUGCUAAAAUACAGGCUUGUAACAUUGUGUGUAAGUGAAAUCUGCCAUCCUACAAAUCUGGGCUGGAUUGCUUAAGAAUUAAACUCCAAAGGACAAAUCAAUGCAUGGCAAUAUGCAGAACAGCGCGAAGCUCCAAUCUUCUGUUUUAUAUAUUUUUAUUGCAAAAAUAAACCCUCUCACUAAAACAGGCAUAUAUAGUACACUGUUGGAUUGAGAUGGUUUUAAGAACCUGUCAUUUUAUUACUUUUUUAAAUACAGCCCUAAAUAGCUUAAGCAAAGUAAGAUACCAGCACUUGAAUUAGACAUAUUUAUCCUGAUGUUUGUUUAUUUCUGAUUAAUAAUUGCAUAUCUCUAUCCUGUCUUCCAACUUUCCUUUUUAUUCUACAUUGUGGAAAGGUAAUCCUUAAAUAUACAGAGCAAUCUUUCUUCAAUUCCAUGACAAGUUAUUAUGUGGUUUCUAAAGAGCUGCAGUUCAUAAGUAGAUAUUUUACAUGGUUGUAGCAGACUGACUUAAUCUGUGUAGCCAUGAUCCAAAUACUUUACAGAUUGGCUGGGAUGCUGUCAUUUUGAUGCAUGUGAGUCAGUGAAAGAUCUCUGGUGACAGUAACACCAGCUAAUAUUUAUGCUAUGAAAAGAAGAUUCAUGUAUUUAUUUGUAAGCAUUUGGGACAACAAGCUAUUAAUACUGCAGUAUGGUCAAGACUUUUAAAUUUAAUUUAUCUUCACUGCUUUAACCCUAUCUAUUAGUGUGCAUAUAAACAAUAUUCUGUCAUUGCCUGUUUGCUCAUAUGUUUUGUUUGUGAAUUUCUUUUCUGAGGUGGAACUAGAAAAUGUAUUCAAUUGCCAACUUAGGCAUUUCUUAUUCCUUUCUCUCUCUUUUUUUUUUUUAGAAAGCAAGGUGCAUUUAAACUGUCUGUUACAAAGUUAAAUUACAGCAGUCCAGUCCUCUCUGUCAAACACAAAAAAGCACAGUCCUUAAAGCCCAAAUUCCUACUUUGUUCCUUCAUUUAAUCCUUUUGAGAUGAACAAAGGAAUUUAUUGCCCAAUUACUUUUUAUAUAAUAUGGUUGAUUAUGGGCCUAGUUUGUGAAAUGUUUCUUCAUGUAUAAAAUUUAGCCAUGUGUAUAUGACCUUAAAUUCCUUCAGAUUGACUGUUUUCUGCACAUAGAUAUAAAGAAACUGUGAUGGUACAGUUUGUAGUACUCUGAGGGCAAUGGCCUCCCUGGUAAUUUUUAGUAUUUAAAGAAGAGCACUUGAUUUCUCACUUGAUUAUGUAUGAUUUUCCUUGUAUAUAAGUAGAAAAUAUUCAGAAUUGCUUGUUAUUGCCAGAUUUAUGGCUGUUUAAAAGAAAUGCACUAUAAGCCUUUAAUAUGCCAUGUAACCAUUAACAUAACUAAAAGAAAAUGUGUGUUGUUUAAAAUAGUAAAUAGAGGCCUGGCAAUACACAGUGUUUCUUGUGACUAAAGUGUUCGGUUAGUUCUUAACUAUUAGAAAUCUCUUAAGUGUAUAACAUGCUUGCUUUUCAUGAAAAGUUCAUUCUGACAGCUAACCUCUACAAUGUAUCAAAUAAUUUUACAGUUCACUGCCCUCCUGUGCCUUUGGGAAAAUCUUCUUGCCAAUUCAAUGUUAAUGAAAUGGAACAAGAGUUAAAAUACAUUUGUUUCAUCUACCAUGAUGGUAGUCAUUUGCUUUAACAGCUCUUUCUUCUUCUUCAUGGUUUUUAUCCUAUUGUAAAUAGAAUACUUAACUGCUGAACUGAGUGAGUACUAUGUUUCUCCUGUAUCCUCAGUUUUGGGGCAUCUUUUGAGAGAAGGCCAUCAAAUACUUGAGUAUUGUAACAGUGCCUUGAUGGAGUUCACACAGAGGUGUGUAUAUAUAAAGAUGUUGUCAAGGUUGUGCCAUAUGUAUUCUUAAAAUUUGUGGAAGCUGUUAUAUUUCCAAUAUUAACUUUCAGAAUAGAUUUUUACAAAAAUAUACAAUUACAGAAAGACACAUUGGUGUGUAUUUUUCUGUCUUUCAAUAACUAGUAAUGACUGAACCCAACAAUUCUCCACAUUUUGGAGUAUGUAUUCUUACAAUGAAGCUGCAAUGCUUUGUUUGUGAUACUUUAAAAAAAAGCCAUAAUAAAAACCAUAACAUCACAGACAGACUAUUUUGGCUUCACUUUCGUUUUUAAGAUUAAAACAUUCUAAGAAAAUAAACUUUUGUGAUAUAAGCAGGAAAACGACUGAGGAUAAAAAGAUAAUUGGUAUCCAGCCCUUGAUGAAACCUAUGGAAAAUAACACUUCUAACUGCUUCCUUGUGUGAACAUUUAGUAGAUUUAAACUUUGGCUCAAAUCUGGAAAGCACUUUUUAAAUGUAUAGCCUUCUGCUAAUCUUGAACUCUUGUUCACUUUCUUCUAUUUCUGAACUUCACACAGUUCCCACUAGUAUAUUUUUUAAACUUCUCCUCUCCCCUUUUUUAUUUUAGCACAUUGCUUGGUUUUUUAUACUGUUACACUUUUUUUAGCUGAAAAUGGGCUGUUGUACUAAAGCUGUACAAGACCAGUGUUUAGUCCAAUGCAUACAAUAUAUGUAAGGAAAAGCCAGAAGUUAUGACAAAAUGUGAAUGUGAAUGCACUUAUUCAAAUGCACUUAUUCCUGUAAGGUUUUUUGUUUUGUUUCUGCAUAUCAUGUGAAAUAGCAUUAUUAUUGUUAUUAUUGCACUGUUCUUUU